AUGUCUUCAAAAGUACAACCGCAGGAGCAAACUGGCAAAUUAUCGGAUGCAUCUCAUGAAACACAAAGUAAAAAAAGAGAAUCCUGUCGUUUGGAUUGGGCAGAAUCAUCAUGGACAAGAUGGAUAAAUGUGGCACUAUGGUGGUGGAUUAAGCCUCUUAUUUUAUUAGGAAAUCGGCGCACAUUGGUCGACGAAGAUUUAAGCGAUAUUUCAGUUAAAGACAAGUGUGUUGCCUUGUUGAACAAAGCCAAUUGUGAUAGCUCUAAAUGGCCAGGUACGUGGAAUCUAAUCAGACGUACGUUUUUAAAGGAUUUCUUCGAAACCAUGUGGUUCAUGUUAGCAUUUGCUGGGACCCGUAUUGCACAACCAUUACUCCUUCGUGAAAUUAUCAUCUAUAUUAGUGAUACAUCAGGAUUACCGGCUUACCGCGGUUAUUUAUUUGCUAUUGGUCUUACUAUUUGUUCAAUAAUACAGGCUAUUGUUCACCAACAAGCCUUUUUUCGAAAUCAACGAGUAGGUAUGCGCAUGCGCAAUACGCUAAGUUGUGCCAUAUAUAAACAUUUAUUGACGAUCAAUACGGCGUCGCUGUAUAAGACUACUGCUGCUCAAACAAUCAAUUUAGUUGCCAAUGAUGCAGGUAAGUUUGAAGAAAUGACUGCUUCCUUCCAUUAUAUAUGGGUGGCACCUUUGGAAGCUUUCACAAUGUUUGGUCUCAUCUGGUGGAUUAUAGGUUUGCCAACAUUGUUUGGCUAUGCCGCACUUGCUCUAUUACUUCCUUUACAGUUCGUUUGUAGUAGGCUAUUCAGUCAAUAUCGAAAGGUAACAAUGGCAUGUACGGAUACGCGUGUUCAAACGAUCAAUGAACUUAUUCAUGGAUGUCAAAUUAUUAAAAUGUACAACUGGGAAAAAGCUAUGGAACAAUUAGUACGUGACACGCGGCGAGCUGAAUUGCAGAGUAUCUUUAGAUCCAGUCGUUUGCGUGCUCUUAAUUUUAGUAUCUUUUUUUCAUCGCUACCAUUAAUUUCACUAGCAACAUUUGGUGGCAGUUGGCUUAUGGGUAAACAAUUAAUAGCAGCGAACAUUUUUACGGCGUUGUCUUUCUUCGGCAUGCUGCGAAUGUCAGUAGCUUUGAUGUUGCCAGGUAUUAUUGAAAAGCUCAGUGAAGCUCGUGUUGCUGCAAGAAGAAUCGAUCAAUUUAUGGAAUUCGAAAUACUGCUGAAUAGACGAGAACAAGAAGCAAACGAAAAAGGAGAUCAUGCAAUUAUAAUGGAAGAUGCAUCAUUUUCCUGGAAAGAUACUCCUAGCCUAUUUUCUCUCCGUCUCAAGAUCAAGCAUAACACAUUAGUUGGAAUAAAAGGUUCCACAGGUGCUGGAAAAUCAUCUCUACUAGCUGCUAUUCUUGGUGAAAUCAAUCUUGUGAGUGGAAAAUUACAGCAAUGCGUUCGUUCUAUUUCCUAUGCUCCACAAUCGUCGUGGAUAUUUGCUGACACAAUAAGAAAUAAUAUUCUACUUGGCAAACCAAUGGAUGAAGAACGUUACCAAAAUGUGAUUAAAGCAUGUUGUCUUGAUGUUGAUUUACAAAAUUUUGGUGAAGUCGGUGACUUAAUGAUGAUUGGUGAUAAAGGGGUUAAUUUGAGUGGAGGACAAAAAGCUCGAGUAUCAUUAGCUCGUGCUCUUUAUGUUGAUGCAGAAUUGUAUUUACUCGAUGAUCCAAUUGCAGCUGUUGAUCCAAAAGUAGCGAAGAAAAUCUUUGAUCAAUGCAUUGGUCCGCGUAGUCUUUUAUCUCAGAAAACAAGAAUAUUGGUUACACAUCAGAUACAUUUCUUAGCUGAAGCAGAUCAAACAAUUCUCUUAGCAAAUGGUCGUAUCGAUGAAUUUCAUACUGAACAACCUGCUGCUGAUGAGCAAUCGAAUGAUACGACCGAGUCAGAUUCACCAGACGAAAAUAACGAAGAUGAAAACGAAAAUGAUUUUAAACUUAUCACUGCUACAAAAGAUAUGAAUUCAAUUGUGAAAAACGAAGCAUCAACGGAAGGUUCUGUGCAGUGGAAAGUUUGGCUUCAGUUGUUUACCGCCCCACCUUUACGUUGGUUGGGAUUUUUUCUACUGAUUAUCUUACUCUUAGUCACCGAAGCUCUGUACGACUUCACAAAUCGUUGGCUCGCUCUAUGGUCUGCCAAAUCCGAAGCAAAUGAAAGUUCAUCAUCGGAUGCUUAUGUCUAUCUUGGAUUAACAUUAGGUACAUUUCUGGCUUCGUUACUGCGAGCCGGUUUCCAUAUGUACAUCAUGCUACGUGGAUCAACGUUUUUUCACAAUCAAAUGCUUAACGGUAUUUUGUAUACGUCAUUACGUUUCUUCGAAAGUAAUCCAAGCGGAAGAAUAUUGAAUCGUGCCAGUAAAGAUCAGCAAAUCUUAGAUGAGCUAUUACCUGUAACUGUAAUCGAUACGAUUCAAAAUCUACUGAUGAUUCUUGGUACUGUUGUAAUAAUCGGAAUCAUUAAUCCAUGGGUACUUCUAAUUUUUAUUCCAUUGGUUCCUUUAUUUUGGUGGCUUCACCGAUUCUAUAUGCGUUCAAGUCUUCAACUCAAACGACUUGAAAGUGUAACUCGUAGCCCAAUCUAUUCAUUGUUCUCAUCUUCAUUAGAAGGACUAACGAGUAUUCGUGCAUUUGGAGUUCAACAUGACUUCAUUAAUAUGUUCAUGGAAAAAGUUGAUUCAAAUUUUCGAGCUUACUUCGUUCUCAUUGCAGCUAGCCGUUGGUUUGGCUUGCAACUCACUUUUAUGACAACUUUACUCACAUGUUUGACAGCAAUUCUUGCAGUAGCGUUGCGCCAUCAAAUCGAUCCGUCGGCUGCCGCUCUCAGUCUCACAUACUCUAUCACUAUAUCGACUCUAUUUCAAUGGGCUGUAAGACAAUCAGCCGAGGCUGAAAAUCUCAUGACCAGUGCUGAACGUAUUCAUGAAUAUGGACAGCUUGUACCGGAAAGUCAUCGAAACAAUCGUAAAACAGAACUAUUGGUUCAGCCGCCACAUGAUUGGCCUUCUCGUGGUAUUAUCGAAUUUAAAGACUACACAUUUCGGUAUCGGCCAGAGUUGGAUCCUGUACUGAAAAAUCUUAAUUUACAUAUCAAAUCAAAGGAAAAAAUUGGAGUCAUUGGUCGAACAGGAGCUGGAAAAUCAUCACUUCUUCAAGCUCUCUUCCGACUUGUUGAUCAAUCAUCAAUCACAGGCAGUAUCUACAUAGAUGGUAUUGAUAUUGGAUGUCUUUCACUCGAUCAACUUCGUUCUCAUCUAAGCGUUAUUCCACAGGUACCAAUUCUAUUUUGUGGUACACUUCGAUAUAAUCUUGAUCCAUUCUCACAAUAUUCCGAUGAAGAAUGUUUAAAGGCACUUGAAUCUGUUCAACUCAAACACCUGGUAAUUAAUAAUCCAAAUGGACUUACUCAAUUAGUGGCUGAAUCGGGUAGUAAUUUGAGUGCAGGAGAGCGUCAACUUAUCUGUGUAGCACGAGCCAUUCUCAAGAGAAGUCAUAUAUUGCUUAUUGACGAAGCUACAGCACAUGUUGAUCAUGCCACCGACAGCAUGAUUCAAAGUGUUAUUGCUGACAAAUUUCGAGAUCGAACUAUACUGACAAUUGCACACCGAUUGAACACAAUAGCGAAUAGUGAUCGUAUUCUUAUGUUGGAACAAGGAGAAAUUGCCUAUUUCGAUGUACCAAGUGGCUUGAAUCUAACUUAG